AAUGCCAGAAAAGUGAGUUUAAUUGAUAACGCUUGUGUUCUUGUGUGGUUUAGUGUAAAAAUGCUUAAGAUUUGAGUAGUAUUUAUAUGAUUUUCGUAAAUUUUCAGUUUUGGCUCUGAGGCGCUCGUGAGUGCAGUUCCUGGCGUGAACAGUGUGUUGCAAGGAAAAAUUGAGUGUUUAGUGGAGUUUUUCUAGCUGUGGAACGCGUGAAGUGUGCCGGAAGGGCGCGUCCGUCCGGAAAUGAUGGCCAGACAAUUGAAUCCGAAUCAUCAGAAGAUCACUGAGAAGCUGAUAAUCCUCAAUGACCGUGGUGUGGGCAUUCUCACGAGGAUCUACAACAUCAAGAAGGCUUGCGGGGACACAAAGUCAAAGCCUGGCUUCCUCUCGGACAAAUCCUUGGAAUCCUCAAUCAAGUUCAUCGUGAAGCGCUUCCCGAAUAUCGAUGUCAAGGGCUUGCAGGCGAUCACAAACAUCAAGGCGGAGGUCAUUAAGAGCCUCUCGCUGUACUACUACACCUUUGUAGACCUGCUGGACUUCAAGGAUCAUGUGUGCGAGUUGCUGACCACGAUGGACGCCUGUCAGAUCCAUUUGGAUCUCACGGUGAACUUCGAGCUCACGCGCAACUAUCUGGAUCUCGUGACCACGUACGUGUCACUGAUGAUCCUGCUGUCGCGCGUGGAGGACAGGAAGGCGGUCCUGGGGCUCUUCAAUGCCGCUUACGAGAUGCAGAACAACAGCAGCGACGCCAGCUUCCCGCGUCUCGGUCAGAUGAUCAUUGAAUACGACGUGCCGAUCAAGAAGCUCUCAGAGGAAUUCAUUCCGCAUCACAGACUCCUCUCAGCGGCGCUCAUUUCGCUCACUAAGGUUUAUCCCAUGCGGAACUUGCCUGUGGAGAAGUGGCGCGAGAUGCAGACGCUGAGUCUCGUAGGCAAUCCGGCGAUGCUGCUAAAACCAUCGAAAACGGACACAAUGUCCUGCGAAUAUGUGCCGCUGGAAACCAUGGAUCGCUGGAUAAUCUUCGGGUUGAUGCUGAAUCAUCAGCUGCUGGGAAACACGCAGCCAAUCAUGCAGAUCUGGAUGGCGGCGCUGGAGAGCAGUUGGGUGAUCGCUCUGUUCCGCGAUGAAGUCAUCCACAUCCAUCAGUACAUCCAGUCGGGCUUCGAUGGGCUGAAAGGCUACAACAAGCGCAUCUCCGAGGUUAAGGAGUGCUAUAAUCAGGCAAUCCAGAAGGCUUCGUUCGUCCAUCGCGAGCGCAGAAAGUACCUCAGAACGGCACUCAAGGAAUUGGCUCUGAUCCUGACAGAUCAGCCUGGUCUGUUAGGCCCUAAAGCGCUGCUGAUCUUCAUCGGGUUGUCCUUCGCCAGGGACGAAGUUUUGUGGCUCCUGCGUCACAACGACAAUCCGCCGAUCAUGAAGGGCAAGGGAAAGGCGACAGAAGAUCUCGUGGACAGACAACUGCCCGAGCUUCUGUUCCACAUGGAGGAAUUGCGAGCGCUGGUGAGGAAGUACAGCCAAGUCAUGCAGAGAUUCUACGUGCAAUACCUCUCGGGCUACGACUCAAUUGACCUCAAUCUCAAGAUGCAGAACUUGCAAAUGUGUCCGGAAGAGGAGAGUCUCAUUAUCUCUUCGCUGUACAACACGUCAUCGAGUUUGAGUGUGAAGCAAGUCGAGGAAAACGAGACCUUUGAUUUCCGGGCCUUUCGACUAGACUGGUUCCGUCUGCAGACGUACAUGAGUGUGGCCAAGUCGGCCAUAAGGAUUAUGGACUUUGUGGGUCUUGCCAAUCUCCUCGAUUCGAUGGUCUUCCACACGAAGAUGGUGGACAAUCUGGAUGAGAUUCUGGUGGAGACGUCAGAUUUGUCCAUCUUCUGCUUCUACAGCAAGAUGUUUGAGGAUCAGUUUCACAUGUGUCUGGAAUUUCCGGCACAGAAUCGCUACAUAAUCGCUUUUCCGCUGAUCUGCAGCCACUUCCAGAACUGCACGCACGAAAUGUGCCCAGAGGAGAGGCAUCACAUUCGCGAGCGCUCGCUGAGCGUGGUGAACAUGUUUCUCGAUGAGAUGGCCAAGGAGGCGAAGAACAUCAUCACGACGAUCUGCGAUGAGCAGUGCACCAUGGCGGACUCGCUGCUGCCCAAGCACUGCGCCAAGAUCCUCUCGGCGUCCGCCAGUCGCAAGAAGAAGGACAAGGUGAAGAAGCAAAUGGACGACAUUCGCAAGCCAGGCGACGAAUCACACCGUCGCACGCGCGAGGAUCUCACGACGAUGGACAAACUCCACAUGGCGCUCACUGAGCUCUGCUUCGCCAUCAACUACUGUCCCACCGUGAAUGUGUGGGAAUAUGCAUUUGCGCCGCGCGAGUACCUUUGCCAGCAUCUGGAGAAUCGCUUCUCGCGCGCACUCGUCGGCAUGGUGAUGUACAAUCAGGACACAAUGGAGAUUGCCAAGCCCAGCGAAUUGCUGGCCUCCGUGCGUGCGUACAUGAAUGUGUUGCAGACUGUUGAGAAUUAUGUGCACAUCGACAUCACGCGGGUGUUCAACAACUGCCUUCUGCAGCAGACGCAAGCGAAUGACAGUCAUGGGGAGAAGACUGUGGCCACGCUGUACAACACUUGGUACUCUGAUGUUCUGCUGAGGCGUGUGUCGGGGGGAAAUAUUGUGUUCUCGGUGAAUCAGAGGGCGUUCGUCAGCAUUACGCCCGAGGGCUGCAUCCCCUUCAAUCCGGAGGAGUUCAGUGAUGUCAAUGAGCUGCGAGCGCUGGCGGAAUUGAUUGGUCCUUAUGGGAUUAAGUUGCUGAAUGAGACGCUGAUGUGGCACAUUGCCAAUCAAGUGCAGGAGCUCAAGAGGAUGGUGUUGAUGAACAAGGACACACUCAGCUUGCUCAGGACGAGUUUCGACAAGCCGGAAGUGAUGAAAGAGCAAUUCAAGAGGCUUCAGCAAGUGGAUAAUGUUCUCCAGAGGAUGACCAUUAUUGGUGUGAUCCUGAGUUUCAGGCAAUUGGCACAGGAGGCACUCUUGGACACUCUUCAGCAGAGGAUUCCAUUCCUCGUGAGCAGUGUUAAGGAUUUUCAGGAACAUCUUCCGGGUGGCGAUCCGAUUAAGGUGGUCUCUGAGAUGGCUUCAGCCGCUGGCCUCACGUGCAAAGUAGAUCCCACACUUGCGUCAGCGCUGCGCUCGCAGAAACCCGAGGUUGACGAUGGAGAACACCUGAUCGCAUGUCUUCUGAUGGUCUUUGUGGCCGUGAGCAUUCCCAAGUUGGCCAGGAAUGACAAUUCCUUCUAUCGCGCCAGUCUCGAAGCGCACGCCAACAACACACACUGCAUGGCGUUGGCCGUGAACAACAUCUUCGGCGCCAUGUUCACAAUCUGUGGCCAGAAUGACAUUGAGGAUCGCAUGAAGGAGUUUCUGGCGCUGGCCAGCUCGUCGCUGUUGCGCCUCGGGCAGGAGUCCGACAAGGAGGCGACGCGCAAUCGUGAGUCCGUUUAUCUGCUUCUCGAUCAGAUCGUCAAGGAGUCGCCCUUCCUCACCAUGGAUCUUCUCGAGUCGUGCUUCCCGUACGUGCUCAUCCGUAACGCUUAUCACGCGGUGUACAAGCAAGAGCAGGCGCUCUUCAACUAA